ACACCCAUUCCUUGCCUCUCCUCCAUUCAAUCAAAUUCCUUCAAAAUUCUCGAUCUCCAAAAAGCAUUUACUAAAUCUAGGAAAUUGAGAGCAAAAAUGUUCAACUUUAGCGUCUCAUCGGACGACCAAGAUUUCUUCUCCCGCCGGUGUGUUUGGGUGAACGGGCCGGUCAUCGUCGGCGCGGGGCCUUCCGGGCUCGCCGUCGGAGCCUGCCUGAAAGAACAGGGAGUGCCCUUCGUGAUCUUGGAGAGAGCCGACUGCAUUGCUUCUUUAUGGCAGAAACGGACCUACGACCGCCUGAAACUCCAUCUUCCCAAGCAGUUCUGUCAGCUCCCCAAAUACCCUUUCCCGAAAAACUACCCGGAGUACCCGACCAAGAAACAGUUCAUAGAUUACCUCGAAUCCUACGCCAAUCACUUCGGCAUUAAUCCUCUGUUCAACGAGUGUGUGACGUCAGCGACGUUCGACGACGCUUGCAGCGUGUGGCGGGUCAAGACUGCCUCUCUCGCCGGCGCCGAGGUUGAGUACAUCUGUCAGUGGCUCGUCGUCGCCACCGGAGAGAAUGCGGAGCCGGUAGUGCCGGAGAUAGAUGGGUUAGCGAAGUUCGACGGCGAAGUCGUCCACGUCUGCGAUUACAAGUCCGGCGAAGAUUUCCGCGGGAAAAAAGUUCUGGUCGUCGGCUGUGGUAAUUCCGGCAUGGAAGUCUCCCUCGAUCUCUGCAACCAUGAUGCUAAACCCUCCAUUGUGUGCCGGAGCUCGGUCCAUGUAUUGCCAAGAGAAAUUCUGGGGAAAUCGACAUUUGAAUUAGCUGUGUUGAUCAUGAGAUGGCUGCCAAUGUGGAUAGUAGACAAGAUCCUGCUUGUGCUGGCAUGGCUAAUUCUUGGAAAUAUUGGGAAAUUCGGGCUAAAUCGGCCGUCAGCUGGCCCAUUGGAACUCAAGAACACACAAGGGAAAACCCCUGUUCUUGACAUUGGCACACUUGAGAAGAUCAGAUCUGGAAAAGUUAAUGUUGUCCCGGGAAUAAAAAAGUUAUUGCCCCAUGCCGUCGAGCUUGUCAAUGGUGAAAGCCUUGAAGUCGACUCUAUCGUUCUGGCAACCGGAUACCGCAGCAAUGUCCCUUACUGGCUUCAGGAAUCAGACUUUUUCUGCAAGAAUGGAUUCCCAAAGACACCAUUCCCAAAUGGGUGGAAGGGCAAGUCAGGGCUAUACGCAAUUGGGUUCACAAGGAGAGGGCUUUCUGGUGCCUCAGUUGAUGCCCUCAGAAUAGCUCAAGAUAUUGGCAAAGCUUACAGAAAAGACCUGAAGCAAAAGAAUCAAAAAGUUUUUGCUUCUCUGUCCGGCCUUUUGCGCUCCACAUGUUUCCGCCAGGGUGGGUCCCACCAUUCUGCGGUGGAGAAUUGACCUUCUCCAUGGCUAUGGCGUCAUCCAUAGUUUGACCUAGUAAGCAUUAGUCUAACCCCAGUUUUAUUAGGAAUAUCUUGGGAGGGUAUAAUUAAUUAAUUAAUUGUGUAUAGAAGAGGAAAAAGAAGUACGGCUUUAGGGGUUAGGAUGGGUAAGCCCGCUCCAGGAGAGCCCGAAGGAGUUUUGUUUAGGUUGGGCGUUUUGUAAACUCGGGUGAUGAGGCUGCUGCUGUUUCUUCUUAACCCCAUGCACAUAAUCAAAAUGUGGAAAUGUUUUAUAGCUAAACCACUUUUUCCUUUUUCGGAAGAAUCGGAUUUUACACUUCAUUUGUUGGGUAGUAUUUGGCUUUAAAAUCAUUUGAUAUUAC